AUGGAUCAAUCGAUUAACCUCGAGUUGAAUAAUAAUGAGGAUAAUCUUUUAGAUACCACCUUCAAUGGCUUGAAUAAUAACCUCUUAAACAGCCCAACUGUCUCUACAAGAUCACCAAAGCGUCAACACAGACUGAGGAAUAAUGCAUCCCCUGUUAAGAGACCAGAUGUCUUUCAACCAGUCAAUAGACCUUCUUCCACGCGCCACUCUACACGCCUUUCUCCCUCCAAACACACCCCCAGUCGCGUCGAUUUGGUACUCGACGCUGCCAAAGCGCGUAUCAAUCAGCAGUCUGAAAAUGAAUCCCCACCUGCAGCUCGACACAAAGAAGACGCUAUCCGCAAAGCCAAAGAGGAGCAUAUGGCGCGUUUAGCAGCAGAAGAGGCCGAAGCAGAUGCAGAAGCAGUCCGACAGAGGCAGGCAGACGAGAAAGAAAAAGAACAAGAAGCAAACGCAUCUGCUGAACAAGCCCGUCUACAACGAAUAGCCACUGAAAAGGCUCACGCGGCACGCGCCGAGCAGGAGAAAUUCCGUCUUGAGCGUGCUGAAUCGAACAGACGACGUGAAGAGGCACGUCUAGCACGAGAAAUGGCAGCUAGAGCUGAGGCUGAGCGUAUAGAAAAUGAACGUAAAAGACAGGAGAAGGAGGAGAGAGAUAACGCAGCGCGUAGACGCGUCGAAGCUGCUCAACGUCGCGAAACUGAACGUAUCGAUCGUGAGAGAAUCGAAGCUGAUGCUAAAGCUGAGAAAGAGUUGGCAGAUAAAGAACUUGCUCAACGCUUGGAUGCUGAGCGAAUCGCUAAUCAGCGCGAAGCUGCUAGAAAACGCGAAGAGGCGGCUAAAAAGAGAGAAGAAAUUCGUCAAGCUAGAUCAGCUAAAUUGGAACACGCUGCUAAAGUCGAAGCUGCUAAAGUCGAAGCUGAGAAAGUCGCAAAUGAGGAACGCAAGAAAGAGGACACCAGACGUAAGAGAGAAACUGAAGCUAAGGAGAAAGAAGAACGUGAGAUAGAGGCUAGGGAAAAAAAACAGCGUGAUCAAGAAAGAAAGGAAAAAGAGCAACUUGAGGCAAGAAUCGCUAAAGAAAUUGCAGAGAAAGAAGCAUACCUUGAGAAAGAACGACAUCUCGCCAGAUUGGCGAAAGAAAAGGUUGACGAAGAAGCCAGACUAGCGCAAAUCGCCAAACAAAAGGCAGAAGAGGAAUCACGCAUUGAGAGAGAACGUCAUCUUGCGAGACUAGCGAAAGAGAAAGCUGACGAAGAUGCACGCGUUGAAAGAGAACUUCAUCUUGCGAGGCUAGCGAAAGAAAGAGAUGAACAAGUUAGGCUAGCGCAAAUCGCCCAAGAAAGAGCCGAAGAAGAAGCACGCAUUGAAAGAGAACGUCAUCUCGCCAGACUAGAGAAAGAAAGAGACGAACAGGCCAGACUUGCACAAAUUGCCGAACAAAAAGCAGAAGAGGAAGCACGCAUUGAGAGAGAACGUCAUCUUGCAAGACUAGCGAAAGAAAAAUCCGAUGAAGAGGCUCGAAUCGCUACAGAAAUAGCAGAUAAAAAGGCACGCGACGAAAAAGAUCGCCAUCUCGCCAUAUUGGCUAAAGAGAAAGCCGACAAAGAAGCCAGAAUCACCAAACAGAAGGCAGAGGAAGAAGCACGGUUAGAAAAAGAACGGCAUUUUGCUAGACUUGCAAAUGAGCGCGAACAGGCUACAAAGGCCGCCAAGCAUCGCCAAGAAGAGGCUAUACGCGCAGCUAAGCAACACGGCAUAAGACAAAGGCAGGAGCGCAAAGAAAGAGAGGAGGCUGUGCUCUCCAAAAAGCGUGAAGAAGAGGCUGCUAGGCUUUCCAAAGAGCGUGCCACACGCGAGCAGGAGAGGAGGAAGAGGCAGGAAGAGAAAACUAAAUUGGAGCGCGAAGAGCUGGUGAAGAAACGUGAAGAAAAUCGCUCACAGAGGGAAGCAGUGACUGUCGAGGAAGAACAAAAGAAUCGACGUGAGCAGCUCCGGAGAAAUCAACAGCAGCAGCAAACGCACGAGCGCGGCGAUGCUGGCAAAAAACGCGAGGCUAAGGUAGCAAAGCAAAAGGCGAGAGGCGUUGAGCUCGCGCGUGAGAGAGCGGAAGAGUUGGAGAAAUCUACUCGUGAAGAGGAGUAUAGACUUUCUAAGGAGCAUAUAGAGCGCGAAGAAGUCAUGGCCCAGCUUGGUAUACUUAUCGACGAGGCGGAGGAGAAUGGCGCUAGUUCCAGUAACGGGAAUCGGAGAGCGACACGCAUAGACAGAGAAUCACGUCAAGCUACUAAAAGCAAGAAUAAUUCACGAUCCGCACCAAAUGACACAAAAUCCAUAUCUUCCAACAAAGGGAAGCGAAAGGCUACAGAUGCGCCUCGGCCACCAUCUCCUACCAACAAAGACGAUCUCUUCGCCAGACGCCAACGAGACGCUCAAAGAAGCCAAAACAAGACAACUGUACCAGUUGCAUUCAAUUUCGCUACAGGUGGUCCACGUGCACGUAAGACUAAAUCACCAAUCAAAAAAUCACAUCAGUCUUCGCCGUUCAUUAACAGGAAUACACGCUCUCGGCGUAUUAUACCCACUAUGUCAAGUAACAGUCCUCUCAAAGUAGAUGGCAAGACUGCGCGAGAGCGGCAACAAGAAUAUGCUUCGACGUUAAAACGUGCUGCUCCAUCUACAUCUGCAUCUCUUCUCUCACCCAGCAAGCGUCGCAAACGCAAUCACGUCUUCCCAUCACCCAACAAGACACAUCGUCUAGAGUCUAUAAGACGACUAGAAGAGCAGCGGGAGAAAAAGAGACGAUCUAUGACGCCCAAUCUUAUAACUAACAUUGAGCAAAACACAAUUGGUCUUCACUCAGAUCAUAGGCAUCAGUUACAUUCUGAACGAUUUCAAAGUAGAGUCAAACAAUGGCGACAGUUCGAGAAGGAUCAGAAAGAGUUUCGCAGUACUGAGAUGCCAAACUUUAAGGAGUUGCACGCAGAGUCUAAAGAGCAGUUUGAGAGACGGAAGAAAGCGGCAAGAGAGCAAUACACGGAAACUCAACCAACUGACAUACAUCUCACGACUGAGUCAAGAUCUAAGACUGGGUUUCUUACUUAUAUAGACGAGCGCGAAAGGCUGCGUGAGCAACACAGAGAACAACAAGCUGCUGAACGAUUGCAACGACAAGAGGAAGAGGACAGGGAGUAUAGACGACAACUCGACCAACUCGCCAAGGAACGAGUACAUCCUAAUCCAUUCACCUGA